AUGGUCCCAUACGAUAAAGAGAAACCGCCAACUUUGAGCAAUACCCCAAUCGAGAUCCGACUGCAUAUUGUCCAAGCAUUUAUGGCCACAGCCACCAGCGACGAUGUCAAAGCCCUGCGCCAAGCCUUAGUCGAGAACGUUUCAGAUCUUGUUCCGCUCCACAACCUCCUUUCCACCAUGCGUUUGGGCAUCAACUAUGACAGCUACGAAGCUCUCGAAGGUAUCUGCCAGACAAGCCGAAGAGUUCACGUCAGAAAGCUCUUAAUCGACGCUGAAGUGCCCUUGCAGGAGUUCAGCUACGAACAAUGGAAAGCACAGAUUGCUGACAUCGGCGCAAGAGGCUGGGCCAACGAGAGCGGCACGCAGAGCUACUUAGCGCACGGAGCUGCGCUCAAGAGGCGGAUCAACGCACUUGAGGCCGACUCGCAGAGCCAGAUCAAGAUUCGAGACUGCUGGAACGCGUACAGCGAAGCCUGGGAGUCACAGUUGAAGGCCAUCCACGAAUGGGAGCACUAUGGACCGUGGUUGCCGUGGGCAUGGAUCUUCCGCCGGCUUCCCAACCUGACAGAGGUGGAGUUCGCAGCUGGAGCUUCGUCUUGGUACAUCAUACAGACGUCAAACGAUCUGACCUCGAGCUCCGUCAACUACAGAACACUAACUAUGCCUCCCGAAUUCGAGAACGCUACAAACCAAGAACACGACCCAGAUUACUUCGACGAUCAAUCAGAGGAUGCAAAGAGCCCUGCCAGAUGGCUGAGCUCAAUUCUGGAAGGUCUUUACCGCUCUCGCGCCCGCAACAUCAAUUCAGUCCAGAUCAAAGGCCUUCCAACAACGCUGUUCCACUUCUUGCAGCUGCCGCCUGACUGCGGCGGUCUCCCCAGCCUUAACAGUCUCAAGGUACGCCUUGUGGUUCCCUUCAGUCCCGAAGAUGCCGAAAAUGGCGUACUUGGUGCCAUUAAUGACAAUCUGGGCGAGCUCGCCUGGCGUUUGGGUACGGUCACUAACCUCGAAUGGCGAGGCGACGAGGUCUUGGACGCGUACUGGGGCGAUGAACGCAAUCCGUACGUAUUCUGUCCCUAUAUCAGGGCCCCGCUGGCUUCCGCUCUCCAGUCUCUUGUGCUUCACCGAGCGCAGGUCGGCUAUACGCAGCUCGAAGAGAGCAUCACUGCUGCGGGCGCGACUCUCACCAAGCUGCAUCUGUCGAACAUGAAGCUGUACGAUGGCUACUGGGUCGACAUCCUGCAUGUCAUCCGCCAGCACUGCCCUGUGCUUGCGGACGUUGAGCUUGCGGGACAAGGUCCUCUCGAGGAGAUUUCUGUGGUCAAUACUGGUUGGAUCCGCCAAUAUCAAUCAACGGGACUUUGGUACACGAGUAGCGGAACUGGCCUGCGUGACACGGUCAAGCGGUGGCUUCUGAGAAUCCCAGGGGCGCCAGCAGUAAUGCCGCUGUCAUCGACCGGGCAGGGAGGUGGGCUAACGGACUGA